CCCCCGCCUUUCCUUCCCACCCACUCUUCACCCCAGGCUGGGGAAUCUCCACUGACGUCCGGGUGACGCUACAGUGAUGCCGCCUUGAGUGGGUGGGGGGUGGUUUCCAAGCGCUGCACAGGUAACGCCCCCGCUGCCGCCAUAUUGAUAGAGCUGGGGCCGGGAAAGGGGCCCUAAGAAGUGGGGCGGCGGACAGAGUCAACGCCGAGCGACAGUCUCGUCGACGAAAGUGCUGAGCAGAAGCCGAGUGGAGCUCUCCGUGAGGCAGCACAAUUUUGUCUAUGGGGAGCAGCUGUCUGCGGCGGCGAUCCUCCGCUCGCAGCCUUUGAGGGGACACUGCAGCGAGGGCAGCGGUCGCUGAAGCAGGGUCUGGGGGUUCCGCUGGUGGUGGCGGCGGCAGGCAAACUCAAACGACAGGAUGCGGGGCCGCGCCUGCGGUUGGCAGCUCCUGUUCAAGUGCUCCUGAAGGGGCGAUGCUACCGUUCGCUCCUCAGGACCAGCUUUGGAACCAAGAAAUGGAAGUGUUUGGAGGCGGCCCGAGCAGCGGCGAGGUGAAUGGUCUUAAAAUGGUUGAUGAGCCAAUGGAAGAAGGAGAAGCAGAUUCUUGCCAAGAUGAAGAAAUUGUUAAAGAAAUCCCUAUUACUCAACAUGUUAAGGAAGGGUAUGAGAAAGCAGAUCCUGCACAAUUUGAGUUGCUCAAAGUUCUUGGUCAAGGAUCCUUUGGAAAGGUUUUUCUUGUUCGAAAGAAGACCGGUCCUGAUGCUGGGCAGCUCUAUGCAAUGAAGGUGUUAAAAAAAGCUUCUUUAAAAGUUCAAGACAGAGUUCGGACAAAGAUGGAGAGGGAUAUACUGGUGGAAGUAAAUCAUCCAUUUAUUGUCAAAUUACACUAUGCCUUUCAGACUGAAGGGAAGCUGUAUUUAAUACUAGAUUUUCUCAGGGGAGGAGAUGUCUUCACAAGAUUAUCCAAAGAGGUUCUGUUUACAGAGGAAGAUGUGAAAUUUUACCUUGCAGAACUGGCCCUUGCUUUGGAUCAUCUGCAUCAAUUAGGAAUUGUAUAUAGAGACCUGAAGCCAGAAAACAUUUUGCUUGAUGAAAUAGGACAUAUCAAGUUAACAGAUUUUGGACUCAGCAAGGAAUCUGUAGAUCAGGAAAAGAAGGCUUACUCAUUUUGUGGUACAGUGGAGUACAUGGCUCCUGAAGUAGUAAAUAGGAGAGGCCAUUCCCAAAGUGCUGAUUGGUGGUCGUAUGGUGUACUUAUGUUUGAAAUGCUUACUGGUACUCUACCAUUUCAAGGUAAAGACAGAAAUGAGACCAUGAAUAUGAUAUUAAAAGCAAAACUUGGAAUGCCUCAGUUUCUUAGUGCUGAAGCACAAAAUCUUCUAAGGAUGUUAUUCAAAAGGAAUCCAGCAAAUAGAUUGGGUUCAGAAGGAGUUGAGGAAAUCAAAAGACAUAUUUUUUUUGCAAAUGUUGACUGGAAUAAAUUAUAUAGAAGAGAAAUUCAACCUCCUUUCAAACCAGCUUCUGGAAAACCAGAUGAUACUUUUUGUUUUGAUCCUGAAUUUACUGCAAAAACACCUAAAGAUUCUCCUGGUUUGCCAGCUAGUGCUAAUGCUCAUCAACUCUUCAAAGGAUUCAGCUUUGUGGCAACUUCUAUUGCAGAAGAAUAUAAAAUCACUCCUGUUAUAAGUGCAAACGAGUUACCAAUUGUUCAGAUAAAUGGAAAUUCUGCACAAUUUACUGAAGUAUAUGAAUUAAAAGAGGAUAUUGGUGUUGGUUCCUAUUCUGUUUGCAAGCGAUGCAUACAUAGAGCUACGAACAUGGAAUUUGCAGUGAAGAUCAUUGACAAAAGUAAGAGAGACCCUUCAGAAGAAAUUGAAAUAUUGAUGCGCUAUGGACAACACCCCAACAUUAUUACUUUAAAAGAUGUUUAUGAUGAUGGUAGAUAUGUUUACCUUGUUACGGAUUUGAUGAAAGGAGGAGAACUACUUGAUCAUAUUCUCAAAAAAAAAUGUUUCUCAGAACGGGAAGCUAGUGAUGUACUGUUUGUAAUAAUUAAGACAGUUGACUACCUUCAUUGUCAAGGAGUUGUUCAUCGUGAUCUUAAGCCUAGUAAUAUUUUAUAUAUGGAUGAAUCAGCCAAUGCAAACUCCAUUAGGAUCUGUGAUUUUGGGUUUGCAAAACAACUUCGAGGAGAAAAUGGACUUCUCUUAACUCCAUGCUACACUGCAAAUUUUGUAGCACCUGAGGUUCUUAUGCAACAGGGCUAUGAUGCUGCUUGUGAUAUUUGGAGCCUGGGUGUCCUUUUUUACACAAUGCUGGCUGGCUACACUCCAUUUGCUAAUGGCCCCAAUGAUACUCCUGAAGAGAUACUGCUACGUAUAGGCAAUGGCAAGUUCUCUUUGAGUGGUGGAAACUGGGACAAUAUUUCAGAUGGAGCAAAGGAUUUACUCUCCCAUAUGCUACAUAUGGACCCACAUCAGCGGUACACUACAGAACAAGUAUUAAAACACUCGUGGAUAACCCACAGAAAUCAAUUGCUGAAUGAUCAGCCAAAUAGAAAUGAUACAUCACAUGUCAUUAAGGGAGCAGUGGUCACCACAUAUUCUGCCCUGACUCACAAGACCUUUCAACCAGUCCUUGAGCCUGUUGCUGCUUCAAACUUAGCCCAGCGACGGAGCAUGAAAAAACGAACAUCAACUGGCCUGUAAGAUUUCUAGUGUUGCUUAGCCAGACUGGGUGAAGAGAAAAUUAAAUGUGUGGCUUUUUGCCUAAUCUUUUAUCAAAGGCAUUGUUUUCUGCUACAUUACUUGAAUAUUCUGUUUAAACCUCCAUUUUUAGGGAGAUGAGAUUUUAAAAAAAUACACAGGUCCACAGUAUUCAUACUAUAUGUUGUUUUGCAGUAAUGUCCAAGUGUUUAAAUAUAUAAUUGGUGUC